UAUGAGCGCAGGCGGCGGGAUCUCUCUCCCUUUUACCGCCAUCGGAGCGGAGUCUCUUUCUUCCCUGGGACCUCUACACUGCGCAGCGCCGCUUCACCAGUCCAGCCUCCGGCCAGAUAGCGAAGCAUCACUUGAGACUCAGCUAAGAUGGCAGACAUCGACAACAAAGACCAGGCUGAGAUUGACCCGGCAGAUAUGGAGGAUGUGGAGGAAGUGGAAGAAGAGGAAACAGGAGAAGAUGAAAACAGCAAAGCUCGUCAGCUGACCGUGCAGAUGAUGCAGAAUCCACAGAUCCUGGCUGCGCUGCAGGAGAGGCUGGAUGGUCUGAACGGCUCGCCGUCAGGCUACAUGGAGAGUUUACCCAAGAUUGUAAAGAGACGUGUAAACGCCCUCAAGAACCUGCAGGUCAAAUGUGCCCACAUUGAGGCAAAGUUCUACGAAGAAGUACAUGAACUGGAGAGAAAGUAUGCAGCCCUCUACCAGCCCCUGUUCGACAAAAGAAGUGACAUAGUGAAAGCAGCUUAUGAGCCCACAGAUGAGGAAUGUGAAUGGAAGGCAGAUGAGGAGGAAGAGCUGACCGUAAGUAAGCAGGAUGAGAUGAAGGAGAAGGCCAAGUUAGAGGAAGAGAAGAAGGACGAGGAGAAGGAAGACCCCAAAGGAAUCCCGGAGUUCUGGUUAACGGUUUUCAAAAACGUGGACCUGCUCAGUGACAUGCUGCAGGAACACGAUGAACCCAUCCUUAAACAUUUACAAGAUAUCAAAGUAAAGUUUUCGGAUCCAGGAGAGCCCAUGAGCUUCACGUUAGAGUUCCACUUCGAGCCCAACGACUUCUUCACAAACACAAUGUUGACGAAAACCUACAAGAUGAGGUCAGAGCCCGACGAGAGCGACCCCUUCUCCUUCGACGGACCAGAGAUCAUGUGCUGCACAGGUUGCACGAUUGAGUGGACAAAGGGCAAGAACGUCACGUUGAAAACAAUCAAGAAGAAACAAAAGCACAAGGGCCGCGGCACAGUGAGGACUGUCACCAAAACGGUCCCCAACGACUCCUUCUUCAACUUCUUCACCCCACCAGAGGUUCCAGAAAAUGGCGAGUUGGAUGAGGACUCUGAGGCGGUCCUGGCUGCAGACUUUGAAAUCGGCCACUUCAUCCGUGAGCGUAUCGUACCUCGGGCUGUGCUCUACUUCACAGGAGAGGCCAUAGAGGACGACGACGACGAUUACGAUGAAGAGGGAGAGGAGGCGGACGAUGAGGAAGGAGAAGAGGAGGCUGAUGAGGAGAACGACCCUGAAUAUGAUCCCAAGAAGGAUGCAGCCCCCCCAGCUGAGUGCAAGCAGCAGUGAAGCCUGGCCUGGCUGCCUUGAGGAUCAACUGCACUGUAACGGCUUCUCAAAUUAAAAGAAGACAAAAAAAAAAAAAAAUAGUUACUUACCGCCUUAUAAUGUUUUGUAUUUUUCUUGGUAGAGAAUUUGAAGAAGAAAAAAAAAGCUUCAAGAUUUUUGUUACAAAACUCAUGGUAAUAUACUGGGAGCUGUGGCUCAAUAUACAUAGUAUUUUACUAGACCUGUUAAUCCUUCUUCCUCCUCUGUACAAUAGAUAGCAUACAGGGAAAAAAAAUAUCUCCCUCAAAAAGCAUGAACUGUUUCUUCACUGCUAAAACUAGUUUGGGUUCUUGUGAAGUCUUUUGUUGUAUUUGCUCUUAGACAACAGCUGUUGUUUAGACUGCAGCGCGACGUCAAUUUCUACCCUGUCCCCGUCCCCCCCUCCUUUUUCCCUUCCUCUUCCCCCUACCCGAGCUCCAGGUUGGUCAGUUGUGGUUGUUCCAGGUGAAUAUCUUUUUAUUCUUAGCGGGGCCUUUAGUACUGUAGCAGUUCCAGCUCUAGUGACGGAGGCCAGAUGGGUGGCCUGCAGCCGGGUGUCUAUUCCAGUUUAUAUCUAAUCUUGCUGAGCGUGGGAUAAGGAGUUGGUGUUUUUGGCCACUUCCUGCGCCACUUGUGCUCAACUACUUUCCACUCUCGAUACAUUCCAGUAAGCAGACUGGCUGGCACCGUCGGUGAACCUCUCUUCAAAGGGAGUAUACUUCUCUUUCACUGGACGCACUCCUCUAAAUUGAACCAAAAUUUAAGUUUGUUUCGACUACUUUGUCACAAAAUGGGUCGCUCCCCGGGCUCGGUACAGCCUGGUUGAGUCUCUUUAACAUUCCAGAGAAUUCCUAAGAUGAGGAUGAGACCGUUUGGAGCCCCCCCAACCCCAAUAACCCAGUGCUUCAGGCUCAUCUUUUCUAUAGCACUUUGUACUAGUGUGUGGUGUACCGGUGGCGUCCUAUCAUUAGUUAGCUGUCUGAGUACUCCUUGUAAGCAGCACUUUGUGUUACGCCCCGUGUUUAAACAGUCGCGGGGGGGGCCAGGGGCGGUGCUGUAACCCCGCUCUGAGGAGAGUUCAACUUCUGGUUUUUGAGUGCAUUGCCUAUCUUACCGAGUGGGGGGCACACUUGGCCUGUUCAGAGAGGCUUUGCAGGAAUAGGGUUGGGCAGAUGUAGCACAGGGGAUGAAAAGGAAAGUCCAAACCAGGUUUUCUAGUCUGAAAAUGUCAGGUUCUCCAACAGCCCCUCUUCCCUCAUCGGUUUAUGACAUUUACCUCUUGCGUCGCCCAUUUUUGACUGGUCAGUUGACUCACACGGACCACAGCCCAGCCCCUGAGGUUACCUUUUAUCACUGUGAAAGACGAGGGAAGCGUGAUAAGGCCAUUGUGUUGGCCAAUGACCCACCACCCUCCCUACCCCAAACUCGUUCCUUUUUUACCCAGAAGGCCACAGGAAAGCAUGUCAGAGCAAUACAAACCGUAGCCUGCCUCCCUCCCACUCCAUUCUUUAUGCCUUUUUAAGUUUCCAGCGUUGGUUGUGUUGGGCAGCAUCGUGUCCACUGUGGAGAGCCAGGGUACUACUCAUUCUGCAGGGAGUAUUCAGAUCAUGUUUAUUGGAAAAGGACAUGAGUUUCUGUAGGUUUCCUCUGAGCAGCUGUUGUCAAGGCAAAAUGCUAUGCUACAAAAAUACUAAUGUACUCGAUAACUGUACGUGUAUGUUCAUGAAUAAAUUGGUUAAACAUGUC